AUGGUUACAGUCGCAGUCGCCGGAGGCACCGGUGAUCUUGGCCGCACGAUUGUCGAUGCGCUGAAGGCGAGCCCAAAGCAUCAAGUCAUUGUCCUGGCACGCAAGGAAUCCAAGGGUCGAGAGAUGGACGUUCCAGUCUUUGGCGUGGACUAUGCAGAUAUUGAGUCCGUCACUCAGGUGCUCGAGCAAAACAAAGUCCACACUGUCAUAUCUGCCCUCGCUAUCAGGGGCCCGGUGGAAGGGGCAUCCGAAAUUAGCCUCGUGAAGGCGGCAACAAAAGCUAACACGACGAAACGCUUCAUGGCGAGUGAAUUUGGUACUCUGGCCCCGGAGGAGAAAGACCUGCAAUUGCCGCAGCACGAACACCGUCUCGCGACAAUCGCCGAGUUGCAGAAGACCGACCUUGAGUGGACCAGACUUCACAAUGGCUAUUUCUUGGAUUACUUCGGCAUACCUUACAUCGAGAGCAACAUGACGCCCGUUGCGUUUGCCGUUGACAUGGCCAAUAAGGCUGCAGCGAUACCGGGCACGGGUAACGAUAUGACGGCGUUCACAUACACAAAGGAUGUGGCCAAGUUUGUUGUUGCGGCGCUCGACCUGGAGCACUGGGACGAGGCUUUGUUCUGCUAUGGCGACAAGGUGACGUGGAAUGAGUUCCUGGCUAUCGCGGAAGAAAUGAGAGGUUCAAAGUUCACCGUGGCCUAUGAUAGCGCCGAGAAGCUUGCGAGCGGCGAAAUGACCGAGCUGCCCUCUCACCCUGCGAUUUAUCCUUUCUGGCCAAAGCCGUACUUUCAGCAAUACUUUUCCAAGUUUGGACUGUACGUCAUGAAAGGCCUGUUCAAUUUCCCCGAAGACGCCACCCUGAACAAGAAAUUCCCCGAGAUCAAACCAACCACGGUCCGAGAGAUGCUCGGUGUCUGGGUUGGAAAGUAG